UAUGCACCAAAUUCGUGAGUUUGUUUCUGUGGAACGUUCGCCACGCUUGGUAAUUCUCAUUUUUAUAUAAAUCCCAAAAUGCUCUCUUCCAUAUCAGUCCGUUUAACGUCCACCAUGUGCACCAUACGUUUUUUCACAUUUGUGCUUCUGUUUUUCGUCAAGUCGUGUGUCUCAAUGGAUCGAGAGACUUACAGAAGCCUUAUCCCUUUCCGCGAGUGCCUCGGCAAAAAACAACCCAGCUUGUGUCUCAAAGAAAAGGCCCUAGAUGCCCUCAACACCACUAUUAUGACCGAUAAGCCCUUCAUCCUUUUUGAUAUCAUCGAAGUCGCCAAAAAUCCCAAGUAUCACUACAACACCUCCGAAAAUUUACCCGAAGAACCUUCCGCCAGAAGUUCACAACUUUCUGACUUGUUGUACUCAAAAAUCGAGGAAUUUUUUAAAUCGAGAGUUAUCAAAUUUAAUAUGGCUCCGGCUUUUGAUGAAGCUAGGGGCAAGAAGGACAAAGGCAAAGGUGGAAUGAUGAUGUUGGCUGUUGGUGGAAUGGCCUGUAUGAUUGCACAGAUGUUUAUGGGCAAAAUUGCCUUCAUGGCAGGAACUGCACUAGUCAUCGCCAAAUUGGCACUUUUCCUUUCGGCUAUUGUUGGGUUAAAAAAGUUGGCAAGUGGUGGCGGCGGAGGCGGCGAAACAUCACACGUGGUGUAUGCCAGCAGCGACGGACACAGUCAUGGGGGCGGCGGAUGGCACAGAAGUUUGAACAAUGAAGCUCAUAAUAUUGCGUACAAGGCGCAUAUUACUGACGCUAGUUCAGGAUAUUAACGUUUAAAGUAGCAAUAAUUUUAAUUAAUUUAUUUUAUUUAUUUGUGUUUUGUAUACUAAUCUGAAAAGUACAAUUGUUGCAAAUGCUGUAAUAUUUGAGUAAAAUCAAGUUCAAAUAUUAGGUAACUUGUUAUCUCGUCACACUCACUAACCGUUUUGUAAAAGAUGCUUCCUAGAGUUAUAGUGUCAAAUAAUUACAAGGUCUGAAAACUGUACAAAUGAUGAUGAAAUAAACCAUCUACAACCAUG